CCCCCGCCGCCGCUUCCGGGGCGGGCGAGGGGUUUCCUGCGGGGAGGCUGCGGCCCCGGUGCUGCUCCCGGUCCGGUCCGGUCCGGUCUCGGUCCGGCCCCUCCAGCCGCCGGGAUGAUCAACGCCAUCUUGGUGUUCAACAACCACGGGAAACCGCGGCUCGUCCGCUUCUACCAGCAUCUGGCAGAGGAGGUCCAGCAGCAGAUCAUCCGUGAGACCUUCCACCUGGUGCUGAAGCGGGAUGACCACAUCUGCAAUUUCCUGGAGUGCGGCAGCCUGUUUGGUGGCUCAGACUACAAGCUGAUCUACCGGCACUACGCCACGCUGUACUUCGUCUUCUGCGUGGACUCCUCGGAGAGCGAGCUGGGCAUCCUGGACCUCAUCCAGGUGUUCGUGGAGACGCUGGACAAGUGCUUUGAGAACGUCUGUGAGCUGGACCUCAUCUUCCACAUGGACAAGGUCCACCACAUCUUGCAGGAGGUGGUGAUCGGCGGCAUGGUGCUGGAGACCAACAUGAACGAGAUCGUGGCGCAGGUGGAGGCCCAGAGCAAGCUGGAGAAGGCAGAGGGAGGCCUCUCGGCCGCUCCUUCCCGCGCUGUCUCAGCCGUGAAGAACAUCAACCUGCCGGAGAUCCCUCGCAACAUCAACAUCGGAGACAUCAACAUCAAAGUGCCCAACCUCUCGCAGUUCAUCCUCUCUCCUGGCUGGGGAAGAGCCAGUUCCUGCCUCUCCCAGAGCUUCUCGAGAUUCCUGGUUGUAAAAAUGCACUUGUAGCUGAUGGCUCCCGCAGGAGCCACAGGUUGUCACCUCCUCCCCAGGAUGGACUGUCCCCUGCCCCGCAUCCCUGUGCCCGCCCUGCUCCCCGUCGCUGGGUCUGGCCCCCCGGGAUGGGCUUGGGACCAGCCUGGUCGGGGUUGAGCGUGGGAGGGUCUGCCAGGUCUGGAGCUGGGGCUGGCGUGGGGGGAACCUGCUGGGCCCGGGGGUGCCGGGGGUCAGAGGGGGGCCACCUCCUGCCCUGCCUGGGCUGUGGGGCAGGGGAGCAGUGGGGCUGGGACCUCCUGGAGCAUGUCCCCAUGUCCCAAUAAACCACCCUGUGAACCUGC